AUGAUUUUGGCUUCUCUCAACCAGAAGGUCAUAAUAAUAUUCCUGUUGCUUUUUAUGCUGCUUUCCUUCUUCUGGAGUCGUGUGGAUGUAAGAGCAAGACACUUAAUAUGUGCAGAAAAGAUGGUGACACAGGAAAAUAUCACCCAGAAUAUAAAAGAGAAAGAGAUAAUUCCCCAGCAAAAGAAAGAGAAAGAGGUUCUAAUCCUGAUUUGGCACUGGCCUUGGGGAUACACCUUCCCAUUAGAUAGAUGCUACCAAGAUUUCGGUAUCCCAGGCUGCAAGAUGACGACAGACAGGAGUCUAUACAGUGUUGCCGAUGGUGUGAUCAUUCAUCAUGUGGAAAUAAUGUAUAACAAAAACCUAUUGCCUCAACAACCACGACCUAUUUUCCAAUAUUGGGUGUGGGCCAAUGUGGAGCCACCACUGAUUAUUAAAAACUUGGAUAUGUUGGACAACGUAUUUAACAUGACUAUGACGUUCCGUCAGGAUUCAGAUGUUUUUGUCCCAUAUGGUCAGAUUGAAACCCUAAAGGAACCACAAAACUUUACCAUGCCGAAAAAAUCCAAACUAGUGGCUUGGGUAGUCAGCAAGUGGUAUCCAGGUGUCCGAAGGAUUUCCUAUUAUGAGGAGCUAAAAACAUAUAUUUCUGUUGAUGUUUAUGGGUCAAAACACAAAAAGCUCAUCUGGGAAGAUUUCCAUUCUACAUUAUCUCAGUACAAAUUUUACUUGGCCUUUGAAAACUCUGAAUACAAGGAUUACAUCACUGAGAAGUUGUGGUCAAAUGCUUUUGGCACCUGGGCCGUGCCAGUUGUGUUGGGAACUUCAAGGGAAAACUAUGAACGUUUUGUUCCCGGCGAUGCCUUCAUUCAUGUGGAUGACUUUCCAAACGCUAAGGAGCUGGCUGCCUACCUUCUUGAGUUAGACAAAGAUGAUGUGAAGUACCGCAAGUAUUUCAAUUGGAGAUCUCACUACCGUGUAAAUUUAUUGACCGGAUGGCAAUAUAGAUACUGCCAAGCUUGUGAACCAAUAAGAAAAGCACCUAGAUACCAGGUCAUUCACAGUUUGGCCAAAUGGUUUACAAAGGAAGUCUGA